UACAGUAUAGCGUUUACUGGAACAGCCUGUACGCUGUGCAGAGAGAUCACCGCCCUGUUGUUUACUGUAGCCUAUACGAAGAUCAACGGUUAGAAUAUGAAUUUGCACACUGAAAGCUGACGAAAAUGAAACCCUUUCAACCUUUUGCAAUGCUCAUGAAUAUUCAUGAGUAGAAUUAGGCUGCGGUAACGACCGGGCUACGGGUUUGGUAUGACGCGGAGCGCCUACGGGAUGAAAUGUGGACGUGUUACUUUGUUGCAGCUACUGAACGAUUGUGCCUAAUAGUCUGGAUUUAGGGAACAUUUUACGCAUCGAAAGGGUCUGGCUGUAGUUGCUGUAACCGGGGAAAGGUGAUUUCCUAUACCACAUUACAAACGCAUUAAAAAAAAUUAAAUUAAAAAUUAAUUAUUAAAUUAAAUUAAAUUAAAUUAAAAAAAUAUAUAUAUAUAUAUUUCUAUUAUAUUUAUCAUCCAAAUGAUGUUGAUAUUGAAGAAAAUGUUGGUGUUGUAACACACUGUUGGUGUUGUAACACACUGUUGGGUUCUAAUAGAGCCUAAACAGAGUGCAGAAUGGUAUCUUUUUAGACAUCUCUCUAAUGCACAAAACACACUGGCCUCUCUGCCACAAUAUCCAGCAUAUUUCGACGCGAAUAUUCUUUAGAAAGAGGAUAUUUCUCGUGGAUAUGUUUUCCGUUUUAACUUGAAGCAGAAGGCAACAACCACACUGUUCCCGUCUCUCCCACCCCCGAUCUGGCGGUGGCUGGUUGGUUGUAAAACCUUCUUGGCAAAGGUUCAAGUAGUGAUUAAAUCAAAUAAAAUAAAAAUGGGGGCGACGGAGACCGGCGUGACUGAGCAUGCGCCUGAGGGGGGCUGCCGUCGAAGAAUGAAGUAAAUAGAAUGUUGUCGGUGCCCGGGCGGUGACGUCACCUCUCCACACCGGGACUGGGCUGAGCGGAGGCUGUAGGCGAGGCAGUAAGAGAGACAGAUAGAGGACGCGUCAGUCGUAGUAGUCUAAAAAAACAUCCUCCCUGCUGUCAUGCACUUCUGUUUGUAACUUAAUUGUUUGUUGCUAUAGUCAGGAGACCGACGGAGAGGAGUAGAGGACGUAAUUCUUCUUUUUGAGAGACGGAAGGACCUGUGUCUUAUUUCUAAAAAGGACUAGGAGAUAUCCACACACAGAGACCUGGGUUAGAGAGAGAUUUAACGUCCGUUUUUCGGUGAAAGGGAAGCUAUGUCGUCCGCGACGGUAGCUGCUUCAAGAAGGCAGUCUUGUUAUUUAUGCGACCUGCCCCGCAUGCCCUGGGCUAUGAUCUGGGAUUUUACCGAGUCCAUCUGCAGGGGAUGUGUCAACUACGAAGGAGCGGACCGGAUCGAGUUUGUGAUUGAGACAGCCCGGCAGCUGAAGCGGGCUCACGGUUUACAGGAGGGGAGAUCUCCGGGGCCCGCUAAACAGCAGCAGCUCUCGGGGAAAGAAAUCCAUGCUAAUCACCACGGGUCUGGAGGAGACAACGGUUCCCGACCACCUCAGCCCCUUGACCGCUACCCCCUCUCCACCUCGGACCGUCCUCCGCGGCUGGGGCCGGAGUACCAGUCUGGGAGACAGGCUAACGGCAUUCCGGUACCUAAUGGAUUUCCUAAACCGGACGAUCCACCAGAGCUUAACCGGCAGAGCCCAAACCCGCGCAGGAAUAACACGGUUCCUCCUAAUCUAGUGCCUUUGGUGAACGGGAACAUGUCCUCCGUGCACGCCGUUAACGGCCGACCGAUGGGGCACCCGGGGUCAGGUUUGAUGGCUGGUAGCCCCAACGGGCACGGCGGUAAGCGCCCGGCCUCGUUCUCCAGCAUCGAGCAACACGAGAAGGAUAAGCACAGACCGGACAGCCUGACGCCGGAGAUAGAGAACCACAAACAAAGGACAGAUGACUGGAUGAACAAGGGGAAAACGGUCAGGGACUUGAUGGCUCUCCAUACCUUCGACAACAGGUUCAAGAAGGAUCCUGCCGCCAUGCAACAGAGGGUGAUGGGCUAUGAGCAACAACAGAACGCCGCAGCUUCUAAAUCAGACAGGGGAAAACACCCGCGGACUAUGAAGAGGAAAGCAUCGCCUGAACCGGAGGGAGAGAGAGAGGGAACCGCCGCCAAGCAUAACGGAGAGGACAGACAGCAGUGGUUACCGGGUCCACCAUCUGACCGUGACGGACAUAAAAUGCCCCCGGGACCACCACCAAGCUUCUCCUCCGUCCCCACCAUAUCCCCCCACUCACGCACCACCCCACCGGAAGCUGCGCAGAACGGCCAGUCCCCCAUGGCGGCGCUGAUCCUCGCGGCAGACAACGCCGGUGGUGGCGGGAACAGCUCGCCCAAAGACGGGAACCAGGUCCACUCCACCACGCGGCGCAACAGCAGCAGCCCGCUCUCGCCCUCCUCCAUGAACCAGAACCGGCGGCUUGGACAGGGGAGAGAUGGUACUGGUGGCGCGGGGACAACCCACGUGUCAGGAGGAGGCGUGGACCAAGGGCACGGACCUCAAAGUAUUCCGGACCCGUCAGUACCCGGGAGCGUACCCCUCUGCUGCACGCUCUGUCACGAGAGGUUAGAGGACACACACUUUGUUCAGUGUCCGUCGGUUCCCUCGCACAAGUUCUGCUUCCCGUGUUCGCGGCAGAGCAUCAAACAACAAGGAGCCACCGGGGAGGUGUACUGUCCCAGCGGGGAGAAGUGCCCGUUGGUCGGCUCUAACGUACCGUGGGCUUUCAUGCAAGGAGAAAUCGCUACCAUCCUCGCAGGGGACGUCAAAGUAAAAAAAGAGAGGGAUACUUGAUUUCCAUUUUCAACAUGGGGAAGGGAUUGUUGUGGGGGGGGGGGGGGGGGGGUUCAAAUACAACUAUAUAAAUAUACAAAUACCACAUACCUACUGUAUACCAUCCAAGCAAACUAAUGGACUAUGUUUAUAGUGGACCCAAACUGAAGGGACUACUGUAUACCAUCCAAGCAAACUAAUGGACUAUGUUUAUAGUGGACCCAAACCGAAGGGACUACUGUAUACCAUCCAAGCAAACUAAUGGACUAUGUUUAUAGAGGACCCAAACUGAAGGGACUACUGUAUACCAUCCAAGCAAACUAAUGGACUAUGUACAUAGUGGACCCAAACUGAAGGGACUACUGCAUACCAUCAAGGCAAACUAAUGGACUAUGUACAUAGUGGACCCAAACUGAAGGGGCUACUGCAUACCAUCCAAGCAAACUAAUGGACUAUGUUUAUAGUGGACCCAAACUGAAGGGACUACUGCAUACCAUCCAAGCAAACUAAUGGACUAUGUACAUAGUGGACCCAAACCGAAGGGACUACUGCAUACCAUCCAAGCAAACUAAUGGACUAUGUUUAUAGUGGACCCAAACUGAAGGGACUAUUGCAUACCAUCCAAGCAAACUAAUGGACUAUGUUUAUAGUGGACCCAAACCGAAGGGACUACUGUAUACCAUCCAAGCAAACUAAUGGACUAUGUUUAUAGUGGACCCAAACCGAAGGGACUACUGUAUACCAUCCAAGCAAACUAAUGGACUAUGUUUAUAGUGGACCCAAACCGAAGGGACUACUGUAUACCAUCCAAGCAAACUAAUGGACUAUGUACAUAGUGGACCCAAACCGAAGGGACUACUGCAUACCAUCCAAGCAAACUAAUGGACUAUGUUUAUAGUGGACCCAAACCGUAGGGACUACUGUAUACCAUCCAAGCAAACUAAUGGACUAUGUUUAUAGUGGACCCAAACCGAAGGGACUACUGUAUACCAUCCAAGCAAACUAAUGGACUAUGUACAUAGUGGACCCAAACCGAAGGGGCUACUGUAUACCAUCCAAGCAAACUAAUGGACUAUGUACAUAGUGGACCCAAACCGAAGGGACUACUGUAUACCAUCCAAGCAAACUAAUGGACUAUGUACAUAGUGGACCCAAACCGAAGGGACUACUGUAUACCAUCCAAGCAAACUAAUGGACUAUGUUUAUAGUGGACCCAAACCGAAGGGACUACUGUAUACCAUCCAAGCAAACUAAUGGACUAUGUACAUAGUGGACCCAAACCGAAGGGACUACUGUAUACUUCAGUAAAACAUGACUGUAAAUGUUUUUAGAUUUUUUGGGAAUACAUUGUGUUUGUAUAUUUUUGAAGAUGAAGGUAUGUAAUCAUAAUAAAAUAGGACUCUUCUUGGUCCCUCUUUGUUGAUGUACUUCUAAGUUUACAUCUCAAAUGGCACCCUAUUCCCUAUGCAAUGCACUACUUUUUAACCAGAACCCCCUAGGGGAAACCCAUAGGGCUCUCUGGUCAAGACUAGUGCUUUAUGUAAGGUACAGGGUGGUUGUUUGGGACGUGACCUGUCUGAUAGCAGUUCCUUUUCAAAACGUAGAAUGUGACUGAUGAUGACUAGCCUCUGUAAACAUUUAGCAUCCAACUGAAAUCAUUUAACUGUAAUGUGUAUAUGCACUUGUUUCAAAAAAAAAUAAUUGCCAAAAUACAAUUUGUGAUCUUGUAUGAAGAA